AUGGAUUGUGAAGGGAUAUUAAAGGCUGGGUCGGAGUCCCAGGACUCCGAUGAGCCGGCGCCGCCAGGAAUCUCCAAGGCCGACUUCAACAAGUCUGAUAUUGGAAUACCAACAACCGCAACUCCUAAACCGAGUACGAGCACUAUCGGCUUCAAGCUAGUCCCGUCACAGAAAGGAGUAGAGAAUGCUAAGAAGAGAUUGAGAGCAUUCUCCAUACAGAAGAAGAGUCCAAUAGCACCUGUUCCUGUUCCCAAAGCUAUUAGCGGAGGAAAUACAACAGUAUUCAUCGGUAAACUAAACCAUGUGAAGACUACUCCGAAGGUAGAAAAACAAGAUGAUGCAGAACAGAAGAAGCCACCAAAGCCUCCGAAACCUGGUCAGGCUAGGAAGAUUAUGCAAGAUUCCUACACAGAACUUCAAAAGCGUACGUUACAUGAGAUUGAAGACAUGAAGCGUAAAAUGGAACUUGUGGACUUAGGCAUACCCUUAGGUCUCAUCUGUCCUAGUGCUACUAAUGAUAAGGCUAUGCCUACCAAAGCUAUGCCGCCUAUCAAGACAUUUUUGGAUCCGUCUAAAUUAGACGAAAUCAUUAGAGAAGCUAAGAAAGCCAAAGCUGAAGGUAGAGAAUUCAAAUUCGAUUAUCAAAAGAUAUUACCAGAUUAUGACAAUCCUUUCCAACGCAAAAAGGAUGAAAUUGAAAAAGUUAGAAAGAUAAGUGAAGAUAGAGAUAGAGAUAUAAGGAAAAAGUUAGAUAAAGAAAGAGAUAAAGGUAGGAGAAAGAGUGAUAAGUAUGAUAAAGAUUCUAGACGACACUCCAGUCAUAGAAAAGAUGAUAAGGAUAAGAGAAAAGACGACAAAGAUAGACAUAGGGAUAGGGAUAGAGAUAGGGAUAAAUCAAGAGAGAAAACAGAAGAGAAGAGAGAGGAUAAAAAGGAUGAAAAGAAAGAUGAUAGAAAAGAUGAGAAGAAAGAUAAAGAACAGACUCCUGUAGCUAAGAAGAAAUCAGACAAACCUGAGAAAGAUCCAAAAGAAACUGACGUGAAUUUAAGCGAAUAUUUAGUUUGUGAUAGCUGGUCGUUAGACAAUGAAGACAGGCCACAUCUCAGUCCAAAAGCCGAUGACAAACUCAAAAACAUACCAAUACCGAAAGAAUUAAAACCUAAAGAAACAACAGACGCGAAAAAGGAUACCACAGAGAGUCCAAAAACAACUCCAGCUAAGAAAAUCGAGAAGCUACAACCAGUAAUCGAUUCAUUUAAAUUCGAAAUCGAUCCAAACGAUGACGAAUUACUCGAUAUGUUUGACGAGAGUUGUGACAUCGAGAAAUUUGCAACAAAAACUCGUAAAAAGGACGAUAGCAAUAUUUUUGAUUCUCCGAUAGACAUGAAGAUAUUUGAUUUUGAUCAGAGUAAAGGGUCGGAUGCUUUAACAGAUGACACGUUUUUGGAAUCAGUCAUAAAUGAGAUAAAACAAGAGAAAUAUGAGUGAUGAAGACAGUCAGGACAAAGGUUUAGUGGAAUAUGACUCUCCUUCUAAAGAAAGUCAGAGUCCUAGAGUGGACAGGAUCUCUAUAACUCCUGAAUUAGAUGAGAGAAUGUUUGUGAAUCUCCAAUCAAGUAGAAGCGAUUAUUCAGACGGGUACAGGUCUACAGAAAGUGGGUAUAAGUCUACGGAGAGUGGGUAUAAGUCCAGUGCCAGUAGCAAAGGGGAUAGCUACCGGGCGUCUGUUGAGAAGGAGUUGGUGGGUAAUUUUAAUAAGUUCACCGUUGAUUCGCUGGAGACUUGGAGCUUUGUGCUGAAGAUCUGUCAGCCUUUGUUGUUCAGACAUGAUAAUACCAAGUGUUUUAGAUACACACGCACUGUGCCCAAAAUCUGGUACUCAGAGAAGGCUAAAAUAUGCCCUUGUGUGAAGGAUCGUGAGAUUGUGUACAACGAGCUGGAGACGUGCAAGAUGAAUCUAGUUGACCGCGUCUACGGAUGUGACCAAAUACCAGAAGUUGAGCUACCUAAAUCGCGAACCUGGUAUCCACGUUUCGCGAACUGCCUCUCAGAAUCGAACGCCCUCACUCCCAUAGUCCCAGCGAGCGAUUGGGAGGCAGAUGACAGUCAGAACGAAACUCCUCUUGUCAAGGACAAGAGGAGGUCAAGCACUCCUCAAAGAAGCGAGGAGGUAUACCUGGAUAGAGAGUAUCAGAGGUAUGUCAGCAGUAGGUUCAUGGAAGCUGUUUGGCCAGACGUAGCUGAGUCCAAAGCUGGUACUCCCAGAAGUACCACGCCAGUCAGACAGGAGAAUAGAAAGAAGAAGGCAGAAGAUAAAGAAGGCGACGCAGAAGAUAAGAAAAAAGCUAAGAAGAUGAAGUUGAGUAGUGAAGGAUGGAGUCAGGAGUCUGAUAUUGAGGAGGAGGUGGAAAAGAGUAAAAAGAUUAAAGAUAAGAAAAUACGCAAGAGAAAGCACUCAUCUUCACUAUCAGAGAGUGAUGAAGCUACAAAGAAGAAAAAGAAAUCCAUAAAGAAGAAGCAGAAGGAUAGCUCAAAGGCAAAAACAAAAUUAGCGAAACGUCGCCGGCUAAGCAAGAAGUAUUUAAAGAAGUUAAAAGAAAAACAAAAGAAAAAGAAGAAGAACGAGUCAGAAGAUGAGGAUGAAGAAAAAGAAAACAAGAAAAAAGAAAAGAAAUUGAAAAGGAAGAAACUACAAAAGAAAAAGAAAGCUCAGAAAAAGAAAAAGGCGAAAGCUAAAUCUUCUAGCAGUUCAUCAUCCUCUACAACAUCCAGUAGCUCAUCAGACACGGACUCCGAAGCGGAGAAGAAAAAGAAGAAGAAGAAAAAUGCAGAACUUAAAAAGAAGAAACGGAAAAAGUCUUCUUCGGAGUCCACUCAAAGCGAAGAAUUAUUCGACGUUAAUAUACUAAAUAAUAUCAAAACAGAGAGACUGACGGAUGACGAGAAGAAACAAACUUUAGUCUUCUCUCCAAGAAGACAGAAACCAAGAGAAAUAAUCAAUGUGAAAGAGUUACAAAAUGAUUUUGUAGGUAAUAAUAUACAUAUUAAAAAAGAAGUAGAAGAAACGACUAGACAAGAAGUGGUUAAAAUGACGGACAUAGAAUUGGAGGAGAAGGAGUUCGCGACGGAAUCUGACUCGGUCGUCGAACCUGUUGCACCUGAGGUGACUGAAGUACAUGAGAUCAAGGAAGAGAUCUCUUUCCAGGAGAUCCCGUUGCCCGCGCCAAAACAAACAGAGAGAAUACACACAGAACAGAUCGCUGACAAAGACACGGACACGACACAGACACAUGAAGAGAUAAUCGAACCUAGUACCCCAACCCCGACAGACUUAUACGACCCUACUAAACCCGAUACAUCACCGUCGCCUCCGGAUAAAGAAUCUCAAGAAAGCCAAGAACCGCUCCAACCACAGGUAGACCCACCGCUUCUCGAAGAGUCCAACCUCUCCCAAUCUUCUCAAGAAUCCACGACCAGCAAAGAUGUUCCAUAUGAAAAGGACGACAGCCAUCUUCGACCGUCAUCACAGAACUCCAAUUAUAGUUUCAAUGACGUCAUCAAUGCCAGUCAGCAUUACCAAAAGGAUGAAGAGGAUAAAUUCCAGGAGUAUGAGCAAGGGAACUAUGAGAUGUAUGAACAGUUGGCUAUGGCGUAUCAAAGCGAUGUCGCUAAGCAGUCGACCCCAUCAACCGGUGAAGAUCCGUUCUUCGCAUCACAACGCAUAGAGACAGUGGUUCGAGCACGGUCGCGAGGUGAAAUCAAAUGUGACUGGCGCGCGGGAGACGAACCCAGUACUCCUGUACCUAGUAACAACCAACGACCUUCUAGAUGGGGCUUAAAACCAGGGCAGGUGAACAUAGUGCUAACAGGUGGGGACGACUACCUCCCGCGGAAUGAAGAGCCAAUCUAUCAGAUACAGACUAUUGCUAAUAGAAGCGAGAAUAACAGUUCAGGUAGCUACGAUGAAGCCUACGAAGACAUGUACGGUGCGUCCGACCGCCUGCAGUACGGAGACUGUUUCAACACGGACAUCGAACCCCAACCCGCUGAAGAGAGCAACGAACCUAUUAAACACAAAAGCAGCCUAGAUGAUAGGAUAGAUCAAGCUUUGAGAAAUACAGUGCUCGGCGAAGUGGCUAAGGAAGCUGAAGAGGACGGAGAUAAAGACGGCCCGGAGAAAGGAAUCUUAGUCACUAAAGCGGAAAACCGUGGAGCUAAACGAGUGAGCUUCGCGGAUGGAUACAAGCCCGGCCAAGACUCCGACGUCGAAGAACCGCCGGUUAGGAAGAAAAAGAAGCCACGUCGCUUCGGUUGCGCCUGGCCUUGUCCAGCGACUCACAUAGACCACGUGCCUCUAUGGGACGCCCUCCCCCCGCCACCCCCACCGCCCGGCUCCCCGCCACCCAACAUACGACUAGCCAUGCAAAUGAUGAUACAAGCACCCAUGUUACAGCAACAAAACAUGAUGCAACCUCCCAUGAUGCAACAAGCUCCAAACAUGAUGCAACAACCGCCUAACAUGUUGCAACAACCUCCGAACAUGUUACAGCAACCGCCUCAGUUGUUGCAACAGCCUCCUAAUAUGUUGCAACAGCCGCCGCAAAUGUUACAGCAACCGCCGCAACUGUUGCAGCAACCUCCACAAAUGUUGCAGCAACCAGGCGUCAAGCCUAUGAUGUCAGCACCAUUCCCUAUGCCUUCGAAAUUAGGUGAGUUUACUAAAAUGUCAAAAGAGACCCCAGCGUAUCAUUACCAAACUUCCUCCCGCCGGAGCCGCCGCCCGGGCUCCUCACGUUCCCGAUCACAUCUAUCAAGACAAAUAUCAACUAA